AUGCAUCAAACAUACUUAUAUGUACACGAAUCCGACGAAGUCUACAUGAUGGUACAACUUGCUCACGAGGAGCACCCUUUCUCAGCGUUCAAAAACCGUCAAUUUCAUUUUAUUGGAUACAUGGCCACCCAUGGCGAAGUAUCACCGCUAUAUUGUGAUGGGCUAUCCGAGGUCGAAAGGCCUUGGCUUCGAAAACUGAACGUCCUUGGAGUGCUGUGUAUCCCCGACAACGUUGGCAUCAUCCAUGAUUACCCCUUGUUUGCAGAGCUGGUUGGCGACUCUACCUUUUUGGUUAAGACGUCUUUCUGUAGGUCUAAUAUCUUGGAUAAACCCGGCCCUAUGUGGUUCUUAUCCCAGCUAUCUGAAGCGUCUAUUCCUUUCACUCCGGCGCAAUUUCCACAUGGAUUUCCCCCUCCCGUCCUCGAGGACAACGCAUUUUCAUACGGGCAGCAACUAUCCGUCAUCACCGAUGAACCAUCCUCGAUGCUUGAGUUGCCGCUCUCCGCUGGCCCCACCGUCACCGGUGACACUCACUCGGUGUCCCAGCCCCCGCAUUCUGCCCCUUUCAACGACGUAAUCAACCCAUUUGAUUCUCUCUUACUGUCUACUCCCAAUUCCCCUAGCACGUCUGCUGCACAUGCGUUCACCUUCGGCUACAGCACUCUCUGGCCCACGUCGUCAACGGUGUUCUCUGACAGUAUCACGGUAUUCGAGGCUUCGGAGGGCCUGUACGAGGCUGUCCCUGGUAAUCCAACCCCCACCGGCGAUCAUGUACGACUCCAUCCGGAGUUACAAUGGAGAGAUUCGACCAAUCUCUGGGGAGAACAUUCAGGAUCGCAAAGGACACAAAUUUCGCGUUUGUUGGGGAAGUCGCCGUGCUGGUUCCGAGUUUUGACACUCACGAAGGCCCUUCUCGACGGUAGUCUAUGGGUCGGACUUUAUGGUAAUCCAUUCAAACUCUCUGCGGUGGAUCACCGGCGUGCAAUCACCAGUAAUUUUCUAACUGCCCUACGACUCGAAGGCAAAACUUACGACGAGAUCAGGGAUCAGCCAAUAAUCAUCAAUGAGGGUGGAAAAGACAUCACUAUUGGAUGGCAGAUACUCCGCACACACUUGCUUGCGUGGUUCGAGCACACAAGAUCUGAGUACAGAAAAGUCAUCAAGGGCGCCAUGACGUUCUUCACAAAUUUUUGUGAAGACACUGAGUCUGGUAGAGCAGAAGCAAUCACGCAUUUUCUCAAGCUCUUGAAUUCGGAACAUUGCCACGAUGUACAGGCCGCCAUUUCGGAACUAGUGGGCGAACAGCUCUUUGCAGAGCUCCUCUGGACAUCCUUGUUGAUGCCAAUGGAAGGGUUGGCUGACGGGAAAAGAAGUGGGAGGGUAGCGGACUUUUUCCCCGAAGAUAUCUGCACAUCGACUAAGUGUUUGGCGGAGGAUACCGUAUGCAACUUGGUGACAUUAAUCUACCAGACAAUGUUACUUGUUUUGAAGAGGCUCGUGGGUAAAGAUCGUAAAAAGGAACUCGCUGUCUACCUGGACCACAAAGUUAUGUCCGAUGUCAUCACGGCCGCGCUUUGUCCCAUGUAUGAAAAGCCGUAUUUGUUUCCCGAGUUUACGCAGACCGUGACGCGGCUGCCUUUCAUACAGUAUCAAAAUGUGCUCAACUUCGAGCCAAAAACGAAAGCGCCAAGAAUGAUCGGGAAGACCAAGGUUGCAAGAACCCUGCACGACGUCAGGCCCAUUGAUACCACCGAACCAUUCGAGGCUGGCAGCCUACCAAACAAUGCAGGCUUUCAGUCCUAUAGGUCACUCGUAGACGUAUUCUGCUCCAUAAACGACUUCAGACCGGUGAUGCAAACUUCAUGA